UGUAUUUGAUUACGUGAUUACGAUAAUAUUAAACACCCUUUAAAAUUAUCCGAUUCUUGUAAAGAAUCAAUAACAAUAAUGUAUUAUCAAAUCACAUUGAUUGUACAAUUUUUUUCCUCAAAAUUCUCGAUAAUGGGAAUACACUAGAUAUUAUCGAACCUGUUUUCGCAGCAGAAUUUAUAAUUCGUUCUGAUAGUGUGAAAUUAACGAGGUUACCUAUUGUAAAUAAAGUUUUAGAUAACUUUUAUAGUGUGUAGUACUAGGUAUAUAGAGUGUCGUUUUAUAUCGUUGAAAAGUUUUUUCGUAAUGUUAUUAGGAUACAUUCCUAAUAAUAUUCCUAUAAGUAGUUCAGCGUGGGAGGUAAACUGCGAAACGGACUUUGAAAAUGGAAUUCUUCAAGAAAUUGAAGUAUAUAAUAAUGAACACCACAGUAGAACCCGUGAUAUUCUUUUACAUAUUACCCGGAACUAUGGGGUUCCUGGCUACACAAAACAUGAACUUGGAAAAAGCGUGUAGAGUGAAUCUUGGCUACAACACAACAGUGUGCGAUGCCAUGUUCAGAAGAGAUCGCUCAGGUUACGAGGAUUACCAAGAAAUUGAAGUCCAAAAUUUGGUAGCUAAGAUGAUGUCAAUCAAAACUGCCAUAGUGGGUUUUUUCCCGACCUGUUUGCUACUAUUUUUUGGCUCCUGGAGUGAUAGACAUAAUAGAAGAAAGCCCGUGAUUCUUGUACCAAUAAUUGGGGAUAUACUCAGUUAUGUAUGCCUUUAUGUUUGUGCGUAUUUCUUUUUAGAAUUAUCUGUGGAGUAUUCCACCCUAUCUGAUGCUCUGCCUUUUGCUCUCGGCGGUGGUAUUCCAUGUAUAACGUUGGGAGUUUUCAGCUAUAUCAGCGGUAUAAGUGCAGACAACGAGAGAACAGCCCGUGUUGGUGCUGUAUCUAUGUUUCAAAAUACUGCUAUUGCAUUCGGUAAUGCUCUAGGAGGUAUUUUUAUAGAACCCUUGGGAUAUAGUGGAGUUUACCUUCUUACCACAGUUGUGAUGAUUGUAGUGUUCAUUUAUGCAUUACUCGUUAUUAAGGACCCAAAGAAAAAUGAACAUCAACAAACUCAUUCGAAUUGCUUCAAAGAUUUCUUCAAUUUACAACAUCUUAAAAAUACAUUCACAGUUUGUUUCUCUGAGGAGAGGAGAUUGAAAAUGUUGGUGAUGAUGUUCCUUACUGUAAUGAUUAUGGGACCUUUUUAUGGUGAAUUGGCAGUUCUUUAUCUAUACACCAGAUUCAAAUUUGGAUGGAACGAAAUUAAUUAUAGCAUAUAUAAUACUAUACAGUUCACUAUCCAAAUUUGCGGAAGCACUUUUGCUUUAUAUUUUUUCUCGAAAUAUCUAGAACUAAGAGAUGCUACUCUGGGAAUUAUAGCUAUGAUGAGUAAAGUUUCUGCAUGCUUGUACUAUGCAUUUGCUCCCACCGGCUCGUUUUUUCUCAUAGGAAUUUGCAUUGAAAUAUUUCAUGGAACUGCUCACAUAGCCAUGAGAUCAAUAACUUCGAAAAUUGUCCCCCCUAACGAAUUGGGCCAGUCCAGUUCUGUAUUCGGAGUAUGCGAGGCAGUGAUGCCUCUGGUUUUCGGGCCCCUGUACACAAGUCUUUAUCAGUACACACUGACAUCUUUCCCUGGUGCCUUUUUUAUAUUAUCAGCUGGAUUUUAUGUCGUAACGGUAUUUUUAUUUUGUUGGUUGUACUAUCUGAACUCGAAAGAUGAAAUAAGAAAUAAGGAGAAUCUACCCUACGAGGAAGACCCUCUGAAUAGAACCAAUAUAGCUCAAUCUACAGAUAUUUUAUAGCCGCGCAUGUAGACUCAAUUUCUAAAUGAAAAUAAAAAUUAUGAACUCUUUCUU